AUGCCGGACAUGACGGACCGCAAAGGACCAGAGCCCACGCCGGCCAAACACACCAAUACCAUUCCCGCGCCGUCGUUCCCUACCCACAACUCACCGAGGACAUGGUUUCUGACCACAGCCCUCUCACCGCUCAUAAUCAGACUCAUCCGCCUGCUGUUGGGUCACGGCGACUAUGUCGUAGCAUGUCUGCCGCCGAAUGAGAUCGAGGACGAAGACCGCAGCGCCGAGUUUAGAGAGCUCAUCAACGAAUGUAAGAGCAACCGUAAGGAUCGCGAAGGAUGGAAGGACAGGAUACGCGGCAUCCGUUGCGACGGACGUAUCAUGGGCCAAUGCGGUGCUGCUGUAGCAGAGGCAGUCCAGGUAUUUGGGAGGAUAGACAUCUUGUUGUGUUGCAAAUCUGACGCCGUUGUUGGAAGCGUCGAGGAACUUUCCACGAAUCCUCUUACUCAGAAUCUCGUCCGCGACCAGUUUGAGACCCUUUUCUUUUCGCAGGUCAACUUCAUCAAGGCCGCCCUGCCUCUCCUCCGCUCACAACACACGGGUCACAUCAUCAUACUCUCCAGCACGGGCGGGCACAUUGGGACCCCAGGAAUGCCCAUCUACACGUCUGCUAUCUGGGCUCUCGAGGGCUUCUGCGACUCGCUGGCAUACGAAAUCGCCCCGUUCAACAUCAAGGUCACCAUCGUCCAGCCGAACAAGGAGAUUCAGGCUCUUACGAACAAGAUCAUCUUCGCGCCGCAGCUCCCCUACUACGACUCCGAGAUCAACCCGGCGCCGAGUAUCCGGGACAUGCUUGGCAACGUGCUCAACAUGAAUCCCGACACUGCCAUGGAGCCGUUAGACACCGAGGUUAUUGUGAGAUAUCCCAGGCUACCGUCGAGCGCCACGGAUCGUUUGGUAUUGGAAACCGUACAUGCCUUGACGGCUAUUGGAGGUCACGAGAAUCCUCCGGCGAGGCACAUUGUCGGGUUCGAGGGGAGCAUCGCGGUGAAGGAGAAGCUGAAGACUGUGACCGAGGAGCUGGAGGACUUUGUGGAGUCCAGUCUUGCGGUGGACAUCUUUGACAGCGAGCUCAAGGCAGAGGCGAAGGAGGGUAAGAGGAGGGAGUCUACACCUCCCGCGCCAGCGUCCAUCGCCUCGGGGUAG